AUGGACUCUCCCUCGUCAGUUGCGCCGGCGAAGCGGUCGGCCUUCCAGGGGCCGUGCUACCUGAAGAUGAUCGUCAACAACGUGGCGGCGGGGGCAAUCAUUGGCAAGAAUGGCAGCGCGAUUGCGGCGAUGGAACAGCAGACAGGUUGCGCCUUGAAGCUGUCUCCGCUGAACGCGUUUUACCCUGGAACGCAGGAUCGCGUCCUCGUCAUGAGCGGCGAGCAGGAGCAGCUGAACAACGCACUCAUCCUCACGCUGGACAAGAUCAAGGAGACGGUCACGUCAGCGCAGUUCGGGACGACUGGGACGCCGAGCGGCGCGCCGGCAGGCAGCAACGGCACCCCGGGGGAGGACGACGGCAGGCGAGAGUCGUUCGGCGGCGCCGAGUCGGUUCCGCAGCCCAAGAUCACCUGCCGCCUGGCGAUCCCCAAGUCCGCCGUCUCGAUCAUCAUCGGCAAGGGCGGCCAGCAGAUCCGCGAGCUGCAGGACACGACGGGCGCACGUGUCCAGGUCUCCAGCCGCGAGGAGGGCUUGGUCGAGCGCAUGAUCACCAUCACGGGUCUGUUGGAGCACGUCCGCGCCGCAGCUCUGGCCAUUGCAGCGUGCAUCCAGACGGACCCCUACUUGCGCGACCACAUGCACGUGGUUUACAAGCCCGGCGCUGCGGGCGCGCCUGCGGCUUUGGGCGGCGCCCCCGGUGGCUCAGGCUACGGCGUCGUGCCUGGCGCCUACGGCAAUGGGCUUUACGCAGGGGGCGGCCAUCUGUACGCGCACGGCGCGGCGGGACCCGCCGACGCCCUCAGCCUGCCCUGCGACAUCACGAUCCAAGUUCCGGACCAGUCCAUCGGCGCGGUCAUUGGUCGCAGUGGGGCGUGCGUGACGGAGGUGAUCAACGCCACCGGCGCUCGCAUCCAAAUCAGCCAGAAGGGGGACCUGAUUCCCGGGACGAACGACAGGAAGAUCGUCAUUUCUGGGACGGUCGGCGCCGUCCACAGCGCCCACCUCCUUCUUCUCCAGAGAAUCCACGCGAUCCACGACGGGACCGCCGGGAAGCUGCCGGGUGCAGGCGGCCCAAUGGCUGUUCAGGGAGGCCCCUCGGGUCCCGCUGCCAACCCCGGCCUGGGAGCCGGCGCUCACGGCCUCGAUAUCCACGGCGCCGUCCAGCAGCGCCAACAGGUCUCCGGACUGCAGGGAAAUCUCCAGUAUAUCCACUCGGGAGGCUACGCAUGCUAG